CAAAGAAGAAGAAGAAGACCAGGAAAAGGGACAGGCGCAUGCGUGAAGAAGGGAACGAUGGUGGAUAGGUAGGCUACGCAUCAAGCUUGAUGAUAUCUAUCGACAAGCGAUCGAUUUCCAACAGUUCACUAGAACUAAUAGAUCGUAUAUCACUUAUUUGUUGCUACUAGCAUUGUAGCUAGCGUCCGUAAAACGAAGCCCUGGAACAUACAAAAAUGCCGAACAUUAAGAUAUUCAGCGGUAGCUCGCAUCGGGAACUAUCUCACAAAAUUGCUGACCGUCUUGGGAUGGAACUCGGGAAGGUUGUCACCAAGAAAUUCAGCAAUCAAGAAACAUGUGUUGAGAUCGGGGAGAGUGUACGUGGAGAGGAUGUCUACAUCGUACAGAGCGGCUGUGGGGAGAUCAAUGAUAAUCUGAUGGAGCUGCUGAUUAUGAUCAAUGCGUGUAAGAUCGCCUCGGCCUCCCGUGUCACAGCCGUCAUCCCCUGCUUUCCCUACUCACGGCAGGACAAGAAGGACAAGGUGGGGAGUCGAGCGCCUAUCUCAGCCAAGCUGGUGGCUAACAUGCUGUCUGUGUCUGGGGCUGAUCACAUCAUCACUAUGGAUCUCCACGCCUCACAGAUCCAGGGUUUCUUCGACAUCCCGGUGGAUAACCUGUAUGCUGAGCCUGCUGUACUGAAGUGGAUCAAGGAGAACAUCGCAGAGUGGAAGACCUGCACUAUCGUCUCUCCAGACGCAGGGGGUGCCAAGAGAGUGACUUCCAUAGCGGACAGGCUCAAUGUGGACUUUGCUCUGAUCCACAAAGAGAGAAAGAAGGCCAAUGAGGUGGAUCGCAUGGUGUUGGUUGGGGACGUCACGGACCGGGUGGCCAUCUUGGUGGAUGACAUGGCAGACACCUGUGGUACAAUCUGUCACGCGGCCGACAAGCUGAUCUCAGCUGGUGCUACCAAGGUGUAUGCCAUUCUGACCCACGGUAUCUUCUCUGGCCCGGCCAUCUCACGCAUCAACAACGCCUGCUUCGAGGCCGUGGUCGUCACCAACACUAUCCCUCAGGAGGAGAAGAUGAAGACCUGUCCUAAGAUACAGGUGAUUGACAUCUCUAUGAUCUUGGCAGAGGCCAUCCGCAGGACCCACAACGGAGAAUCUGUCUCCUACCUCUUCAGCCAUGUCCCCUUGUAACAUCACACACACACUGGGUCAUUUGGGGCACUGUUCAGUAGGGGACAACAGAACAUUCAGAUAGAACAGACACGGCCAUCUCUCAUGCAGAAUAGGGAAUUUGGGGAGCAAAUACUGUAUGAUUGUCUUUCAGGUAGACUAAGGAAUGCAGAGUAGGCUCUUCGUUCCAUUUCUAUGCCCAGUAUUCUGGAAUGUUUCUCAUCACUGAAUAGAUUCCAGUCCUACUAUUCUGUUACACCAGAAAGAGGAAGAGCGGGAAUGUCCUUUACAAACACCAGUGUUGGGCUCGAUUCCAUUUCAAUUCCAGUCAAUUCAAGAUGUAUACUGACAUUCCAAUUCUUUUCAAUUAGGAAAAUGUGUAAUUGGAAUGAGGUUUACUUAAUGAAUUGACCCCAACCGGGAGAAACACCACCAUUAUAAUCACAUCGCUCUGCUGCUAUUGCUAACUAACCACGUAAUAAUUACAAUUAGGAUUAAUGAUGACAUGUUCAUUUUGAGUCCCUCUCUCACCCCUAAACAGUGUUUGCAUCCCAAACGGCACCUAUUUCCUACAUAGUGACCUUCUUUUGACUAGUGCCCAAUUGGCCCUGGUCAAAAGUAGUGCACUACAUGGGGAAUAGGGUGCCAUUUGGGACAUGUCUAUCAGGGACAAAAGAGGUCAGUGUUGAUUAUUUAUUGUGAGUGGGUGAACUCGCCUAAUGCCAACAGUUGUUCAUAAUAAUGCUGUUACAAUACUUCUAUGUUACAAAAAGAGGGUGGGAGACGGUUGGAUGUUGACUGACUUCAGGUAUUUUAUUAUUUAGUUUUUCUUUUCAUUUGAAUUCGGUUGAAAGAUGAGGCUCAUAAUGAGCUAAGUGAAUGAGCUGUAGUUGACAGUGCCACUGAUGUUCAUCUGGGUGAUUCACAAGUCUUUUUAAAGGGGCAAUCUAGGAUUGGUACUUCUAAUUUUUGGACAUAAUGGUAUAUAGCCCGCUGAUUCUUGAAGAUUUUAACUUAUAAAUGACUCUAUGAUCCUCAUGAUCUGCAUCCCUAGCUCUGUCUAGGAAUUUGAGAGUGAGUACAUUCCUCCAACCCCAUCCCUCACCUGUUGACCUAAACAAGUACUGGUGGGGGGGGGCUUUUCGAAUUGCGGAUUGCCCCUCUUAAGACUAUUGGGAAUCAUUCUUUCAGUGGGUGCAGAGGAGGCAGGUUUUGCUCUUCGAAGUUGACGUCUAGAAGCUGUUGGUUUUUAGCUCUGCAGGAUGGAGCUUCCGAGAAAUGUCUCUGCUAUUUUUAUUUCAUUCUUUUUUUUUCAUUCUUUUUUUUCAAUAACAUUUGUAUAAUAAACUCUCGGAAGAGUGGUAUCUGUCUGACUUUAAAGUUUCAUGUACAGUUGAAGUUGGAAGUUUACAUACACUUAGGUUGGAGUCCAUUAACUUGUUUACCAACCACUCCACAAAUUUCUUGUUAACAAACUAUAGUUUUGGCAAGUCGGUUAGGACAUCUACUUUGUGCAUGACACAAGUAAUUUUUCCAAAAAUUGUUUACAGACAGAUUAUUUCACUUAAUUCACUGUAUCACAAUUCCAGUGGGUCAGAAGUUUGGAAAAUUCCAGAAAAUGUCAUGGCUUUACAAGCUUCUGAUAGGCUAACUGACAUAUGGGUCAAUUGGAGGUGGACCUGUGGAUAUAUUUCAAGACCUACCUUCAAACUCAGUGCCUCUGAUUGACAUCAUGGGAAAAUCAAAAGAACUCAGUCAAGACCUCAGGAAAAUUAUUGUAGACCUCCACAAGUCUGGUUCAUCCUUGGGAGCAAUUUCCAAACGCCUGAAGGUACAUGUUCAUCUGUACAAACAAUAGUUUGCAAAUAUAAACACCAUGGGACCACGCAGCCGUCUUACCGCUUAGGAAGGAGUCGCGUUCUGUCUCCUAGAGAUGAACGUACUUUGGUGCGAAAAGUGCAAAUCAAUCCCAGAACAACAGCAAAGGACCUUGUGAAGAUGCUGGAGGAAACCGGUACAAAAGUAUCUAUAUCAACAGUAAAACGAGUCCUAUAUCGACAUAACCUGAAAGGCCGCUCAGCAAGGAGGAAGCCACUGCUCCAAAACUGCCAUAAAAAAGCCAGACUACGGUUUGCAACUGCACAUGGGGACAAGAUUGUACUUUUUGGAGAAAAGCAAGCCGAAGAACACCAUCCCAACCGUAAAGCACGGAGGUGGCAGCAUCAUGUUGUGGGUGUGCUUUGCUGCAGGAGGAACUGGUGCACUUCACAAAAUAGAUGGCAUCAUGAGGAAAGAAAAUUAUGUGGAUACAUUGAAGCAACAUCUCAAGACAUCAGUCAGGAAGUUAAAGCUUGGUCGCAAAUGGGUCUUCCAAAUGGACAAUGACCCAAAGCAUACCCAAAGUUGUGGCAAAAUGGCUUCAGGACAACAAAGUCAAGGUAUUGGGAGUGGCCAUCACAAAGCCCUGACCUCAAUACCAUAGAAAAUGUGUGGGCAGAACUGAAAAAGCGUGUGAGAGCAAGGAGACCUACAAACCUGACUCUGUUACACCAGCUCUGUCAGGAGGAAUGGGCCAAAAUUCACCCAACUUAUUGUGGUAAGCUUGUGGAAGGCUACAUGAAAUGUUUGACCUGAGUUAAACAAUUUAAAAGUAAUGCUACCAAAUACUAAUUGAGUGUAUGUAAACUUCUGACCCACUGGGAAUGUGAUGAAUGUAAUAAAAGCUGAAAUAAAGCAUUCUCUAUUAUUCUGACAUUUCAAAUUCUUAAAAUAAAUUGGUGACCCUAACUGACCUAAGACAGGGAAUUUCUACUAGGAUAAAAUGUCAGGAAUUGUGAUACACCUUAGCCAAAUACAUUUAAACUUAGUUUAUGUAAACUUCCGACUUCAACUGUAUGUGCUUAUAUUCUGAUUGUGUGUGACUUUAGCGUAAGGUGAAUCACUGCACCAAAUGUUUGAUGGCUGAACGUGAUCUUAUUAAAGAGAUGGUGAAAACGAA